AUGUGUGGGAAACUUGAGCACAUCUCUUUUAUCCUCCAUUUGAAUGCAAAUAUACUUAGUGGUAUCAUUCCGUUAACAUUCCAAAAGGGUUGCAAUCUUCAGUCAAUCAAUCUGAAUGACAACAAAUUGGAAGGAACACUACCCCAAACCCUAGUCAACUGCCAGGGUUUGUUGGGCAUUGACAUUGGUAAUAAUGGAAUACAAGAUGCAUUUCCCUUUUGGAUGGAAACACUCCCUCAACUUCGCUUGCUUGUCUUGAGGUCAAAUAAGUUCAAUGGUACGAUGUCGGUGGAUUCAAACUCAAACACGGAGCAACCAUUUCCAAAGUUGCAAGUCUUGGAUGUAUCGCAGAAUGCAUUUGUUGGCCCUCUACCUGAUAGAUAUAUCAAGAACUUUCGAGGUAUGAUAGAUGCAAAGGAAAACCAGACUGAUGAUAGAGCAAAUUUGUUUCUAAGUUAUAUAGACUUGAAACUCACAUUGAAAGGAUUGGAUCAGUUAUUGCUGCAACUGUUGGAUACCUUUACAACUAUUGAUUUAUCAUCUAACAGAUUCUCUGGUAGCAUUCCAACAUCGGUAGGGAAUCUUAACUCUCUUAGAUACUUGAAUUUGUCUCACAAUACCAUUGUAGGACAUAUACCUUCAUCAGUUGCAGGUAUGAGUUUACUCGAGUCGUUGGACUUGUCUUCAAACAAACUAGAUGGAGAAAUUCCAAGUGGAUUGGCAAGGUUGACAUUUCUUGCAAAGUUAAACCUUUCGAUGAAUAAUCUUGAGGGACAAAUACCACAGUCUACUCAACUUUCCACAUUUGGUAACGAAUCAUAUGUGGGAAAUGUAGGAUUGUGCGGAUUUCCAUUGACCAAAAAAUGUGAGGGGAGUGAUGGAAAACCAGUAUUUCCUCAAGACGAAGAAGAUGGUGAUGAGUAUGGAUUUAUAGAUGGAUUUGGUUGGCGAAGUGUGGUGAUGGGUUAUGGAUGUGGAUUUGUAGUUGGAAUCGGACUUGGUUACAUGAUUAUAAGAAGUGGAAGGCCAAACUGGUUAGUUGAAUUCUUUUUUGGGGUUGGAUACAAUAAUAGUAAGACGAAGAGAAGAAAUAGAGCAAAAGCAACCACAAGAAGAAGGUAA